AUGCAGGAGACCAUACUGCUCUUCUGUCUUUCAGGGCUCUUCCUGGGCCACCAUGCCUUGCCUCCUAUCAAAUCCUACUACUACGUGGACCAGAAGCUGAGCUGGACCGAUGCUCAGCAACACUGCAGGGAGCGGAAUGGGGACCUGGCCACCGUAGACAACGUAGUGGACCUCCAGCACCUGCAAGAGUCCAGAACGGGCUUUAAUUACGACAAUGACUUCAUGUGGAUCGGACUUUAUGAUGACCGCACUCGAUGGAAGUGGUCCCUCAGAGACCAGGACUACAAACUUGGCCAAAACUAUGGAACGUGGGUCGGAGUUAAUCCAGACUUCUAUGAUAACGAAGAGAAUUGUACAACUAUGUACUCUACUGGUAGCUGGAUGGAUAAGUCGUGCGACGCGCGAUUUAGUGCGGCUUGCUUUGAUGAUGAAGAGCCCAACUACAUCUUGGUCCCAAACCCAAUGACUUGGUACGAGGCGUUGCAAUACUGCCGGUCUCACUACACUGACCUGGCCAGUGUCAGCAACGCGGCUGAGAACGACAAAGUUUUGGCACUUCAGCCAUUUGAAACAUGGAUUGGUCUCCACAGAUAUCCGUGGUCCCACUGGUCUGACGGAAGUAGAGCCACCUUCUUGAAUUGGGGACCAGGUGAACCAAACAGCUCUGAAGGCCCCAUUGCUCCACGUUGUGUAAAAAUGUCCGUCAACUCAGGGCCUUUUUUUGAUGAGGAAUGCAGACUUUUGUAUAACUUCGCCUGCCAGGGAAAUCUGAAGCAACGGUCAACCUUCAAGAUAAAGAUCAGCUCUGAAGCAGACAUGACGGAUCCUGAGGUGGGACGGCAGAUUUUGGAACAGCUCCAUGCCAAACUGGCCGAGGUGGGUGUGACUGGUACAAAUAUCAGCUGGGUUCUCGAGGACGGACAGGUGUUUCACAAGGACCAGCCCAGCAAGACAUGAGAGGAGGUCAUCGCUGUGUUCUGCUCUUUGUGUAUUGAAAUAAACCUUUAGUCAUCUAGCAACAGGGCUCCAAAGAGAUCCACCCUUAGGCUGAGAACAUUUAGAGAACACCAUAUAAAUGGUGCAGUACUUUGUAGGCUAUUUAAUGAAAAAAAGAUUUAUUCCCUAUCAUCUGGUUGCUCUUAAUAAUCAUAGUUUUAGAUAGAUUUGUGAACUAGUUAUUUUA